GCGAGGCAGUACCGAUCGAUCAGCGCGCUGACAUUCUGGGUGUAACCGGUUCGCCCUUUACAGCAGAGCGCUCAGUCGAAUGCGGCGAAACAAGAGUCAACAAUAACACUUGAAACUAAUUCCACCCUUCCUCCAAUCCUUCGUUCCAAAUGACCGAGGUUCACCCUCCCGCAAGUGCGAGUAGCAAUGGGGCUGCAGUGAGAGCCCCACAUCCAUCCGCUCAACAGAGUAAUGGAGGGGGUGUCGGUACUUCUCAGGGCGGUGCAUCUGGGAAUUCGGCUUCUUCGUUGGGCACCGUUGGUGCUGAGCCGUCGGGCUCCCAAUCUCCGACUACUUCGACUCCUGGCCAGACGUCUAUGGGACGAAGCCCUAAAAAGCGCCGCAAGGUCAAUCAUGCAUGCGUGUAUUGCCGAAGAUCACACAUGACGUGCGAUGAUGACCGGCCAUGUAUGCGUUGUGUGAAAAGAAAUAUAGGUCAUUUAUGUCACGACGAGCCUCGCGAACCCAAAAAGUCAAAGACAGAGUCCUCUACAACCACCCAGGAAAACGAUCAGGAGGACUCGAAUACCUCUCCUUCUAAGGCGUCAGUAUCGCCUCCGGUCAACGGCAUGUCAAAACCACUUGAGCAACAAGAGGUAAGAGCAUCCACGGCAACUACUGCCUCCAAUGUCUCGCUUCCUCCACCACCCAUACCUCCCUCUAGGCCCGGUGCAGGGACGUCCAUUGUCGCACCGUCCCCAGUCUCUGUAGCGCCGAGGGCAGCCCUCAAUGGAGGUUCCCAAGCCUUUUUGGGAGUUACCGACUGGGAUCAUCCGCUGCCGCAACAACAAGCAACAUCAUAUACCAAUCCAUAUCAUCAUCAGUGGAUGUUUUCCGCUCCGGAAGUGUCCAGCGAAUUUAGUUUGCUGAGUGACUUCCUCGGCAAUCUAUACCCCGAUGAGAUCUUCACCGCCGAUCAGAACCAGAGCCUGUUUUCAGACACAUCAUCCAACGUUCAACUGGGUCAAUCUGGCACGAGUAAUACCACCUUCAAUCAGCAGAGGCUUCUACCGCCUGUAAACCCCAACUCAACAUCGUCAAUCCCUCGCCCAGGAAGUGCAAAGCCCUCGACCGAGAGGGCAAAGGAAAAUUACUAUCUCACUGCCGCGGAUCCAUCUCAGGAUGCUCCGGAGGAGAGGAUGAAACAGGUCCUAAAGGCGAAACUUGAAGCGGGCCUUCUGAAGCCUUUCAACUAUGUAAAAGGAUACGCCAGACUUUCGCAGUACAUGGAGAAAAACAUGGCGCACAGUUCGCGCAGAAGGAUACUAGCGCAAUUGGACAAGUUCAGACCAAAGUUCAGGGAGCGGACGCAUCAGUUGACGGAUCUCGAUUUAGUUCACGUGGAAGAAUGGUUUGAAAAGUCCUUACUUGAGUACGAUCGAGUUUUUGCUUCCAUGGCAGUCCCAGCUUGCCUCUGGCGGAGGACUGGAGAGAUAUUCAGAGGAAAUAAGGAGUUUGCGGAACUUAUAAGUGUCCCAAUAGAGCAAAUGAGAGAUGGAAAGUUGGCGAUUUAUGAGCUAGUCGUAGAAGAUUCUGCUGUAAGCUACUGGGAGAAAUUCGGCACCAUCGCCUUUGACACUACUCAAAAGGCUAUGUUGACGAGCUGCCAUUUGAAGAACCCUGAUCCAAAUGCUAAGGAAAAGCUCAUCCAUUGUUGCUUCUCAUUCACGAUUCGACGAGAUAUGAACGAUAUUCCCGCACUAAUAAUUGGUAACUUUCUACCUAUACACCCUAAAAAACAUGGCUUUGGCGCAUAAGAGCUGUUGAUUCAUAAAUUGGGGGUUUACGCUUUUUUUUUUUGUCUUAUGUCACUUCCGUCGCCAGAUGUAAUUCUAUAUAGGAUAGCCUUUGACACCAAUGAUUGUAAUGAUUGCUUACCUGCAUGCCACCUAAACGAGGCUUGGCUGAAUCAUUGCCUGACUCACUCCUGUCUAUUGAGACCAAGAUUCUACUUGCGGCGGGAGGGCAUUACAUGGCGAAGUUGUUACAAUGCGCUCCUUUCUUGCAUGCUUCUCACGGCGUUAUGUGCAAAGCUGGCCUGGGGUUGAACGUUUGCUUUUAUUUUCCUUUCUCUUAAUUUUGUUUACUUUCUGUUUCACUUGUUCCCUUUUCCCUCCUUAGGAGACCCCCUGAAAAGGUGGGAUGUCUGCUUCAAGACCAGUGAUAGAGUGGUUGGCGAUCAAAUUGGAGAUUCUGGUUUUAAAUGACUUGCGUGGGCAGGAGGAGGGAGAGCACAGCCUAUUGAUUAAAGUUAUUAUCUGUGAGAAAGAAGUCCAAUGUUGUGUGUGAGUAAGCUCUUACUCCUAUAUUUGCGGGGUGUACGAGUACAAUUACAUAUGGGAAUUGAAGUUGCAGGCUCCCGGAGACCCGUGUCUUGCCUUGCCAUUGGACAAUGCAUGUACCCGAGAGAGAGGUGGGGGGGGGGGGGUAGCCCAAUUCAUUACAUCUCCGGCCGGCACUUUUAGAGCUGUCAACUUUCCGCCGCUGCCACCAUAGGCGGUCUUGCUCUCAGUUUCUCACUCCCAUUGCCAUACUCUUACGCACGAAGCCGUCCCUUCUGCCCGUCACCGUGGUCCAUACAUUUAUACAUCUAUUCAUACACCCACUUAUACCUCCCAGAAUCCAACCUCUUCUGGUUAUCUACCUCUCCAUCUAAUUCUCUGGCCGGAUAGAGAGCUACCACUGCCGGAUGGUAGGUUAUCCCCCUCACUCCCACCCAUCCUAACACAGCAGCUUCGGGCUAUAUCCGUUCCAACAGCUCCCUAGUUUGCUUGCCGGCCAACGGAUAUCAGUGAGAAAAUUGUACCCCAGAUGCCCCCUUGGACACACCGCAGGAAAAGAUCAAGGUUUUUUAUGCAUCAUUCUUCGAAAUAUACCGAGAUCUUACAACUCAAUCUUACAAGGUCCGCUUGAGCAUCCGACUCGUGGAAGGGGCUGAGUUAGCUGAAAAAACGGGCAAAAAAACGUGCAAGUGAGAACCAAAUUGAGGGCGCAAUAAUAAUAAUAACAAGUGGUCUGGCUCACGGAGUAGCCGGUCUCCUAAUGGUAUUAUGAUUCGUUUUCUUAAUGGACAUGGUGAGCGUCAAUGGGCCAUAAAUGUUGCGGAAAACACCACCAAGCACCAUGAGGAAAUAUUCAAGCCUACUGGCAGCAGCAGCUGGCUCCCGGACGAUUAACUAUGGGAUAGAGUCUGGUAUCAGUACUGUGCUUUCGGACCGUCGUUGCAUGGCGGCAGUUAAACCACUCUUUGGUAGCUUAUAUGUAUAGCAGAGUGGCAGAUACAUGGGCAAAGAGUUCACAACGUUUAUGGAUUCACUAUGAAAGAUCGGUCACCAACUACCGCCGCACAAUGUCCUAUGUAAGUCAUUGAGUAGGUCUGGAGAUCUUUCGGUGUAAUCAAUGGAAUCAACCCUGUGGUAUUUUCUCGAACUAGGGUACAACCUUCGUUUGUGCGUCAUGCAUGACCAUUGCACGGUUUCCCCGUCUGAUGAUAUCCGCACAACCAUGCUGCUGAUAUGGAGGGAGUAUUGUUGGUGGGCAAUGCAGUCAUUGCGAACUCAAAAGAGGAAAACUUGAAUUGUGCAAGGAA